AUGAAUAAUGAUGAUAUUGUUUCGGAUAUUAUUUCAUUUAUUCAUUCAACUACAAAAUCAAAUUAUAUUAUUUGUUCACAACUUUCAUCAAAGUUAUUUUCGUAUUUAUCAAAAAUUCAUCUAAAAGAUAAUCAAUGGAAUGAAUUAAAUAAAGCUAUUGAACGUUUUGAGCAAAGUAUUGAUCAUCCUGAUCUUCAGCGAUUUCGACAAUUAAUUGAAACAAUAAGUACUUGUUCAAAUGAUUGUGAAGAACGAAAUUAUACAUUAGGACGUGAUAGAAAGACACUUAAUGAUUCAAUUAAUCAAUUACAAGAUUUAUUAAAAUCUCAUGUUGAUCUUCAUUGUUUUUUUCUUGCUAAAUUAAUUAAACAACAAAGCAUUCGAUUAUAUUUGAUUGAUCUUAUGAAUUUAACUGGAAUGAAUGUUGGAAAUCAAAUUCAUGGUAUUCUAUGUGAUAUUGUUCAACUUCUAUGUCAAAUUGAUCCAACAUUUGCUACUUCAAAUGUAAUCGAUCAUCCUAUUCUAUUGAAUUGUAUUCAAAUUAUUCAAACAAAUAUUAAUAAUAUUGAUUCAAAAGGUGUUUAA